AUGAGCUUUUGGCGCUUGUACCUGAUUCUGCCCGGCGCACUUGCUCAGACUGGUGAGAUAGGGUUCCUGCCCAGGCAAGUGGAUGCACUCGAGGGAUGCCAAUUCCUCUACAACUUCCGCUGCUGCAACUACGACUAUGUUGGCUUGGGCCGAUCGGGUGGAAGUAACGGGACGGUCACCGCAAGGCUGACGAUACUCCCGGGCACGAAUGCAACCGAAGGAGUUGACUUCGACUUCUACCAGGAUUCCGUGACGUGGCAGGAUGGCGAUGUGGAUCCCAAGGCGAUGCUGAUUGUGAUAUACGACAAUAACGUCUAUGACCUCACAAAAGUUGUGCAGCUCGGGAUCGAUGCAGACCCGGCCAUUGCCAGCUCCACUUCCGAGACAACAGCAUAUAUCCGGGACGACAACGAUGGCGGAACCGUCGAGAUCUCACCCACGGCGAUUGUUAUAGAUGAGCGAUUUGGGAACAUGGAGUGCCUUAUGUGGGCUGAGCGCUCGGGACCAGUGGCCAGUGGAAAAACAGAGCUCACCGUUGAGUACACAACUUGCCCGGAGAUAGUUCCAGAGCGUAAUCGCGCAGGCCCCAAUGACUUUUGGAGUUUGCCACUUACUGGCCCGCUGGUGUGGGAAGAUGGUGAGACAGGCAAAAGGUGUGUACUCCGUAACCUGGGGUUUCAAGCCGCGGUUGACCUGGUGUGGCCCGAAUGCUGCACUGGGGCUAACUCGAGCAACAAUACACUGCUCUUCGUGGUAAACCCGGAUGCCGAGGAAGAAGCGGAGGAAAGAGUGUGCUUUAAAGCCUCGCUGUCUGACAACAGCACAGCGACGCUGCCGGCAGCCAGCAUGCUCCAGAACAUUAUUAUCAACGACGUCAAUCUUAUGGAGGAGCUGAAGUUGAACUGCACCAGAGGCUUGGAUUGUCUUCUGGACGUUUCUAAGACGUCUAUCGUGGGUGGAGAAGUGGGAUUCAUUCUCGAUGCGGAAGAGUCGGACUACAAAUGCCCGCAAACCUGCAACUUCACGGUAAAUUCGAGCCUGCAGAUGUCUUAUACUUCCACCGGCAAUGCAGAAGAAACCUUCAUCAAUAUGGGAAAGGCAUUGCGCGAUUGGAAACCGGGUGAGAAGCUUAUUUGCAAAUGUGGUGGAGCCUUGACGGCACUGCAGAAGCCUAACCGCAGAAGCCUAGGCAUCGCUGGAACAGACGUGACGCAUGUUGCUACGAUGGAGCUUCACGGCCCGUAUCUUGCAAACACGGCUUCGUGCGUCAAGAGCUGGGCAACUUGCGACGUGCCAGAUCUUCUUGGAAUCGGCUACAAGGUUGGUGCCGACCACCUCCGGGUGCUGAAGUCUUGUGACGACACUGCAACCACUCCGUUCGGACUGGCGAUGGGCUCGCAUGCCGUCUACGGCGCCGACGGCGUCUAUCGCAUGGAGAACUUUGAAGCAAUGCGACCGACGAUAGUGGGAAUGUAUGAUAUGUGCUGGUGCCGCGAAACUGCUGACCGGAAUUGCACCGUGAAUGGUGACUUUUCCGUUUCUGCUGGGACUUUCGUCUACAGAGGGCCGAACAUACGGGCCGUGAUGGACCCAUACCAGCUUGGAGGAGGCUGGGGAACCUUCAAGGUUCCAGAAGUCUAUGGCACUGGCUUAGAAGCAGGCGAUCGGGCCAUGGUGCUUCAGGAAUGCGGAGAGGAAGUCGAAGGUGUGAAUGUCACUACCACCUACAACGAAGUGGACAAGGAGCUGGACUUCGGCGUCUUAUCCGCCGGAAAUGGCUUGCUUGCCAGGGCCUACAAGGUUUGCUGGUGUCAGCUCGCUCCGGCGCGGGGCCACUACUGCAACUCGGCCACGGAGUUCCGAGCCGAGAUCGGAAGUGUGACUUUCCUAUGCCCACGUCGUGAAGUCGACAGAGACCAAGAUGGCAUCUGCGAGCUGUGCCCCAUGAUGUUUCAGACUGCUGGAGGCUGGGAUGGAAUGCAGUGCGUCAUCGAUGGCGGCCUUUUCUCGCUGAGUAUCCUGUGGUAUCUGGUCGAAUUGUUGUUGUUCCUCGCCUGCAUGACCAGCCUUCGAUGUGGCAGGACUCCCACGGGAUUCGUACACGGCGUGCCGAGACUCAUCGAGGACGUUUCGCGGGAGUCUGACACUGUGCUGGUGACUGUGGUGGGCUAUCACAACCUCACCAUCUUCAAUAAGAUGCAGUCCAUCCCCGUGACCCUCUCGGGAACCGGGCAUUUCCUCUUGGACUCAAGGGGCUCCAAGAGCAUCCCCUUCCGCGUCCGGCCACGCAGCUCGAACACCUUGGAGUUGCUCGAUGCAGAAGGGAACUCCCUCGACUUCCGUGCCGACAGCUCCAUGGGAAACAUGUAUUACAUCGACCCGAACAUCCUGAGACGGCUGACAUCCACCCGCAAGCUCUCCUACGCCGAGCUAGCGGCCAGACUUUGGAUAAAGGGCAUACGGUUGGGCUUGAUGUUUUCCGUCAUCUUCUGA